GGACCCAUGGCCAUUGGCGCCCAUGGCGUCAUCGGCGGCGCGGGCGCUCAGUGGUCGCAGGCGCUUCAGCAGCUGGAGAAGGAGAAGGCCGAGCUCCAGGGGGAGGUCCGGGCGUUGGAGCAAGCCAAGAAGGAGGUCGAGCGCAGGCUCGACAAGGACGGCAAGCAGUUCCUCGAGGUGCUCGUUGGCCUCGAGAGUGAGGUCUCGCGGCUCACCAAGCAGAACGAGAAGCUUAAGGAGGACAGGGGUUCCGCCCAGGCGCGCCUUGCAAAGCAGGAGCGCGACUUCGAGCGGCAGCUCGGCGAGGUGGAACGGCACCGGGAUCACAUCCUGAAUGUGAUGACCGAGGAGGGCCGUGAGCUUCAGUCCCGCGUGGACAAGCUCAGUCAGGACAACCAGAGGAUCAACCAGGAUAACGAGGUCUUGACCACGGACUUUGUGAAGGCCAAGGC